GUUGGUCCAAACCAUCGACACGGACUUCCAGCUGAAUCGGUCGGACCUGCAGCCCUUGCAAGCUACCCCGCACUCCCACCAGGAAUUGCACCUCCUCCCACCUCCGCACCGGCUUUUGCACCGGGAAUUACUCCACAGCCCGCGGCUCUUGCACAGCCAUCCACUGCUUCCCAAGGGGGAGGCUUGGAAUACCUGGCAGCCCAAGAAGGCCCAAAUGCCGCCGUGCCCAUGCCAUUCCCAGAAAGACCAAAUCAUCAGACCUCCAGUCUGAGGCUUUCCAUGCCUCCACUGCCACCAAUCCAG